AUGGAAAAUUACGCACUACCAUGUGAAAUCGAGACUAAAGAGGAUCUCAAAGAUGGUAUUUCCCUGAUAACCAAUGAAUUAGUGAACAAAUUAAGAGAUAAGCUAGUAGAUUUUAAAUAUGAUAAAAUUCAUUUAAUGGAGCUAACUUUUGAAAACCUAAAAAAUUCGAAGUUUCUAAUUCCUUUUAAGGCUUGUGUUGACACUACCCAUUUUAAAGAAGAUAAAGUAUAUAUUCAUUCUGGACUUAAUUCUAUUAAGGACUUUAAUAAAGGAUACAUUAAAUAUAUUAAAUAUAAAAAAUCUGAAAGUUAUAUUAAUAAUAUAACUUCAGUAGAUAUUGUGUUUUCAGGACCUCUUUUUGCCCAAUUGAGUACUCAGUCAAACUUAUUUCUACUAAACUAUAAGAAUUUAUUGGUGGAAGCCCUUAGAAGGCAGUUUUAUUGCUAUCUAAAGCUUAUUUCUGCUGAAAUCCAUUUACAAGAUAUAUUUACAAAUACAAUCUUACCUUUUAUAAUUAAUGAAAAGUAUUACUUUUUUCAGGUUCAGUACAUUAAAGAAAAUAUUUGUAAAAAACAAGAAAAUGAUUCACUUUCUGGAGGAUUUGAAAAGAUUAAUCUGAACUUUAUUUCGAGAUUAUUAGUUAUUCCGAAUAUAAAUGAAUUAAACUCAUUUCCCAGUAUUGAUAUCAGUAAAACAAAGAAUCUGGAAAUUGAAAGCUACCUUGUUAAAGAUAUACAAAAUAUUAAAAACAUCCUAAAAUAUAAAUCUUUAGACUAUAAGAACAAGAAUAAUUUUACUAGUACCUUUUACUUAGACACAACAUACAUGCUGAAUAAAUAUGUAAUGGAAAACAAUAUUUCUAUAAAAAUUUUGAAAAAUAUUAAAAACAAUAUAAUCGAGAAAAUCAGAGAUAUUUUAGAGGAAAUAACUAAAUUCAACAAUUUAAACUCUGAUAAAAACAUCUUUAUCUAUUUGUUCCUAUACAAUUAUAUCACUUCCUUCUCUAAAUUAUCAGCUCAAGACUUUUUAAUAACUCAACUAAAAGAAUGUUUCUCAAAAUUUGAUUGCCUUAAAAAACUAACUUUUUUAGAAUACAAAGACUCUCAAAAUCCAAUAUCUGUUAGUUAUCUUGACAGAAGUAAUAUUUGCACUAAUACUUUGCUUAAUACUCACUACCUCAAAUGUUUAAUUAUGACUAGAAAUAACUAUAAUAGUUUUGGCGGGAAAAUUUUGCAUGAAAAUGAGAAAUUGGUAUGUUAUAAGCAAAGUGGGAAUGAAAUAAAGAAUGAAAAGAAAGAAGGAGAAAUAAGUGAGGAUGAGUUAAUUGGUAGAUACUUGAAGUUAAAAAAAGAUUUGAAUGUGUUUGUAUCAAUUUUACUUUUAGAUAAGAAUUUGGAUGCUUUCUUAGAAUUAAUGUAUUAUCAAAGUUUAAAUGGGAAUAAUUUGGAGUUAUUAGAGGAAGAUUCAUCAGAAAAUGGAAGUAUUCCAAUAAAUAUAAGGAUGGUGAACUGGAUAAUCAGAGUUUGUUUUGGAAUUUCCGAUAAACAAUUAGUUUAUAAGAUUGUGGAAAUAUUAUUUGAGAACUUAGUAAUCGGGAAUAUAUUAUAUAAUAGCUACAUGGAAAACAAAGAAAUACUACUAUAUAAUAACAAAACUGUGGAAAUUUCAGAUGGUAAGGUUUCUAUUUUAAAGAAUGGAGAUUUAAGUUUUAAAGAUGAAAGUAUUAAGUCAAUUAUACAACAAGUAAAUGAUCAAUUAUUAAUAUAUAAAGUAUUUGAAAACGAGUACAGUAAAAUUAACCAAAUAAUGAACCAACAAUUUACUCCAAGAAUACUUAUAUACAACAAAGGUGAGAAUACAAAUAAGAGUAAACUUUCUAUAGUAAAACAGGAAUUAAUUAAUUAUAUUCAAAAACAUUAUAUUGACUACAAAUUUGUUCAUAAACAUAUACUUAACUUAUUAAGUCCAUACGUUGGACAGUCUGAAGAAAAUAUAAGACAAUUAUUUAACACAAAUAUCCCUACAAUACUUAUUUUAGAAGGGAUUGAUGUAAUUUCUAGUAAUUUUGCUAUUAGUAAUAAACAAACAAGUAAUUGUCCUGUUAAAGAUAAUACAAAUUUCAGAUUAAAAAAUGAUUCAGAUAUUGAUGAUACGAAUUGUAAUUACAUUAAUUAUUCACCUGAUUUAUUCAAUGAUAUUUCAUUCAGGAUUAAUUUACACAAAGAAAGGAUUAAAGAUAUGUUCAAUCCAAACUGGGCCUUAAAUAAUUUAACUCAGUAUAAUUGCCAUUUAAAAAAUGACGAUGACAAUCAAUCUCCGUCAGAAAACUCAAAUGAUUCUAGAACUUUACUAACUACUCUUCUUCUUUGCUUAGAUAACAUUGAAAAGAAAAAUCAAAAUGUUAUUUUAAUAGCUUUUUCAAACAAACACAUUCUUGAGCUUGACGAAAGCAUUACUAGAGCCGGGAGACUAGAUAUACACCUUUCUGUAUAA